AUGUAUCUAAUUCUCUCGAGUGGACAAUGCCCGGUGCCUCCCAACUGUGUUGAUGGUUCCUCUGGUGGUCCAGUACCCUGUGGAGAUGACCCAAGCUCGAAUGUUUUAGUAAGCCAACUUGAAAUGCAACAACAGUUGUCUGAUAUCGGAAAUGCCAUUGAGAAUGCUAUCUACUACUUGGAUAUUAUUGACCCAGAGAUGAUACCUGUAGGGCCACUCGUAUCCUCCCUAGUGUAUCAUUUUUGGCCGACCGGACCUUCAAUUGUAGUAUCUUUAACAAACUAUGUUGAUAGUAUAGUCUCACGUUCUAUUAUGUGCCAAUCUUAUUCUCAAUCUCUGAAUUUAUUUGAAAAUAUGAAUUGUGGUGCCCAAACCUAUAGUUAUUGUUUCAAUUCCUAUCUCAAAGGCUGUCAACCUUUAGAAUCAAUUUGCCCAAGUAGGUUAGAAGUUUACAGUAGAAUGGAUACUAUGUUAUCAAUUAACGCAAAUUCUUUUGGUGGACCUGGAUUUGCUUAUAUUGAUUUCCAAAAUCAACUUGCGCUACUUCCGAUAUAUAUACAGUACAUUAAUCUUCGUCUUUCUUUUUUCCGAGAUAUGAUCUUACAUCCCGAUAUAUUUAACUUCACAAUCAAUGACACAAUCCAAUUUCAGAAUGAAAUAUCGGUAUUGCAAGCUCAUGCGACUCAAUAUGCUAAUCAAAUUGCAAUGACUCAAUUAAAUGGAUUCCCAAAAAUAAGUUGCCUCAGUACCACUGGAAGUAAAUGUGUAACUGUCGAUGUCUACAAUCAGUUGGCAAAUUAUACUCUAUCUGUUGUCACUGGUGUUCUUAAAUAUUCCGAUAUGUGGCCCUAUUUUGACCCAAUCAAGUAUCCUUUGGGACCACCUCCAACCAAACCACGUAGUAUAUUAACUCCUAUAGUUGGUAAUUACUAUACCACUGCCAAUAACGAUGUUUGUAUUCAAAACUAUGCAGAUAUCUUUUAUCCAGAUCUCUCAUUUGUUAACAGUUCGUCUUUGUCCCCUUCGAACACUAUCAACGUAUAUAAAAACAGUGAGUUUAUUCAAUGCAUCAACCGAGUUCACUGUGCACCUACCCCGGUAUUUUUUAGUGCAAAGACGUUUUAUGGUAUAGCUGGAUUAAAGUUUGAAAACAACUUAAUUUCUUCUUCAAUGGUAUAUGGUGCAGAUACAAGUCAUCAUGAUGUGCACUCAGCUGGAACUUUAGUUGUUAAUAAUUUUCUUUCUGAAAACACAUAUAAAAUUUUGAUUUCAUCAAUCAAAACUUUUUAUCCAAAAAAAGGAACUGGUUUAGAUACUGAGUUCACAUAUAUUCAAGCUAUUCAAAUGGGUCUAUCAGCAGGACUUGAACCAAUACAAACCACUGGUGUACUUUCUUCUGACCACGCCGAUUCCAAUCUUCAAUCAACCAACUCUUCAUUUAUUGGAUUUUAUCUUUCUGGUGUUUCGUAUACACAGCAAUCUACUUAUAGUAUAUGUACAAACCAACGCCCAAAUACACUCAAUGCAAUUUCAUACAUAUUUACCGACUACACUGGAUUGAUACCAUCGAAGCCCGCAAUCGAUAAUACAAAGAUAUAUCAAUAUAGUCGAAUUCAAUCCGAUGGAAAUGUUCGUUAUUUAUACACUGCUCACAACUAUGAUCAAACCAAUCUUCUAUCAGGAUGGACUUUCGAUGGACCAGCAUUUGGUGGAUUGACUUUUGGAUUCACAAAUACCACUUACCCAACAAAAACCGUUUACCAAUAUAGUUUCUCGAGUGCAAUAAGUGUUGGUACCAGGUACCUCUAUGCGACUAAUGGAGGUAAUGCUCAAGCAUGGACUUUCGAUUAUCCGGUCUUCAAUGUAUAUUCCGAUGGAUCACUACCCGGAACUAUACCGGUCUAUAGACUUGGUCAGGCCGGUCAAGGUUCAUCUGGAGUUAGUUUUGCUCUAUCCACUGAAUCCUACUUACCAGAUUGGAUAACCGUAGGUGUUGUUUGGUAUACACCCCAGAAUCAAACUUUGCCAAAUGCCACAAUUGCCACUUGGAAACCAAUUGCAAAUGUUGGAAAUAGUGGUCAAUGCCUCUCUUCUUCAACAGGUACCAAUAGUUUGGUGGUUGUUGAAUGCUCCCAAAAUAAAUUUCCAUUUCCCGAUAGCAAACAAGUUUGGAAGAGAUUAAGUCCAUAUCAAAACAAUAGCCAACUCUUGAACUACAAUUUACAAACAGUUUCUGGUACCAAUCAAAAUAGUAACCCAAUUUUAGUCCCACUCUCCAAUAACAACGACCAGUCAACAUUGGUAAAGUUCAUUUACACACCUAGCAAAUAUCCAUCUUACCAGAUUCAAUCGAAGAUUACUGGUCAGUGUAUUCAAAUGGUGGCAAAACCUGGUGGUGGUUAUACUUUACAGUAUUCAAAUUGUAAUUCCGAUAAUCUCUUCCAGUGGUGGAAUAGUAUAGAUUUGCGUUUGAAAACUAUUCAGACAAAUGGAUAUUGUUUAACCUACUCUACAGAUAGCUCUUUAUCUACUCCAAACCCAGCAGGGCCAUCUAUAUUACCUUGUUUUGGUGGAUAUAUCUAUCAAGCUUGGUUCGUCAAUGCCGACACAAUAUCUUCCAAAGCAGGCUCACUUACACAAAGUUUCGUUGAUAGUUGGAAUUCAACUCCCAACAAAUUCUAUUUCACAAGUGGUUUAGGUGCAAGCGCUACAAAGCUAAAAUAUAUCCAAGUACCGAAUAGCAAUACCUUCCAAAUUCAAAAUGUUCAAACUGGCUUGUGUCUCGAAUUGGUGCCUAAUAACUUGAUAGGAUCAAGGGCUUCAUUCACUGGCUGUGAUUCUUCCAUAUCUAAUCAAAAAUGGACCUUUUCAAACUAUUAA